AUGUGGCUGGGACAAGAUCUUCCUCACACUCUGGAUGCUGGAAGUCCAGCACAAGGAGAGACAGAAGAGUCUCAUGUCUUCAGCAUUUUGGAGGAGAGCAAGCUUCUGGUGGACAGUGCUUUCUACAAGACAAUGCAAAGAAACCUCAACAAAAGGGAAAUCAUUUCUCCAUCUCAGCUUUUGUCUUUUUCCAAACUCCCUGAACCAACAAGCCGAGCCAUUUCUCGAGCAGCAGAAAUAAUGGUAACUUCAAUACAGGCAAUGAAAAGAAGACUUGACUUAAAACUUAAACAAUCACAGACUCCAACAGAUAUUUUGUCAGAAGACAUACUGAACACAAUUGCAAAUGUGUCGGGUUGCCUGCCCUUCAUGCUGCCCCCCAAAUGCCCAAACUCUUGCCUGGCUAAUAAAUACAGGCUCAUCACAGGAGCAUGUAACAACAGAGACCACCCCAGAUGGGGAGCCUCCAACACAGCUCUGGCGAGAUGGCUUCCUCCAACCUAUGAAGACGGAAUCAGUGAACCUCGAGGAUGGAACCCUCACUUUUUAUACAAUGGGUUUUCACUUCCCCCGGUUCGGGAGGUGACCAGACAAGUCAUUCAAGUUUCCAAUGAAGCUGUCACAGAGGAUGAUCAGUAUUCUGAUCUCCUGAUGGUAUGGGGGCAAUAUAUUGACCAUGAUAUUGCCUUCACGCCUCAGAGCACCAGUAAAGCUGCAUUUGGUGCAGGAACGGAUUGCCAGCUGACCUGUGAAAACCAAAACCCAUGUUUUCCCAUUCCGCUCCCGGUGAACACCUCCACCACCUCCGGCUCGACGUGUUUGCCCUUCUACCGUUCAGCCGCAUCCUGCGGCACAGGGAACCAAGGAGCCCUCUUUGGCAAUCUGUCCCGGGCAAACCCGCGACAACAAAUGAACGGGCUGACCUCCUUCCUCGACGCCUCUACCGUGUACGGCAGCUCCCCAGCUGCAGAGAAACUGUUGCGGAACUGGUCCAGCCCCGAGGGAUUGCUCCGCAUCAACGCGCGCCACCGCGACGGGGGCCGCGCCUACCUGCCCUUCGCGCCACCCCCUAUGCCCGCCGCCUGCGCUCCGGAGCCCGGCACCCCCGGAGCAGCCCGCGUCCCCUGCUUUCUGGCCGGGGACGGCCGCGCCACCGAAGUUCCCUCCCUGGCGGCAGUGCACACGCUGUGGCUUCGCGAGCACAACCGCCUGGCCACUGCGCUUAAGGCCCUCAAUGCGCACUGGAGCGCGGACACAGUCUACCAGGAGGCGCGCAAGCUCGUGGGCGCGCUGCACCAGAUCAUCACCAUGCGAGAUUACCUCCCCAAAAUUCUGGGCCCCCAGGCCAUCCAGCAGCAUGUAGGCCCCUAUGAGGGCUAUGACUCCACUGUGGACCCCACAGUCUCUAAUGUGUUUUCCACGGCUGCCUUCCGCUUUGGCCAUGCCACAAUCCACCCACUGGUGAGGCGACUAGACACCCACUUCCAGGAACACCCUGACCUCCCCAGACUACGGUUGCAGGAUGUCUUUUUCAGUCCCUGGAGACUCAUCAAGGAAGGAGGUCUAGACCCUGUGGUACGUGGCCUACUUGCUAGGCCCACCAAGCUGCAACUACAAGACCAGCUGAUGAGUGAGGAGCUGACAGAGAGACUCUUCGUGCUGUCCAACUCAGGCACCUUGGAUUUGGCAUCGCUCAACUUGCAGAGGGGCCGGGAUCAUGGCCUACCAGGUUAUAAUGAGUGGAGAGAUUUUUGUGGCCUGCGCAGACUGGAGACCCGAACUGAGUUGAACAUCACCAUUGGCAACGAGAGCAUUGCUGAUAAGAUAAUAGACUUGUACGGCCACCCUGACAACAUCGAUGUCUGGCUGGGUGGCUUGAUGGAGAACUUCCUCCCUGGAGCUCGGACAGGACCCCUGUUUGCUUGCAUCAUUGGGAGGCAAAUGAAGGCCUUAAGGGAUGGUGACCGGUUUUGGUGGGAAAAUGAGGGCGUGUUUACCGCAGCUCAGAGACAGCAGCUGGAGCAACAUUCCCUCUCUCGAGUCAUCUGUGACAACACAGGCCUCAGCCACGUGCCCAGGGAUACCUUUCUAAUUGGAAAAUUCCCCCAGGACUUUGAGUCGUGUGAAAACAUCCCCAGCCUGGACCUGGAGCUAUGGAGGGAGGUCAUUCCACAAGAUGACCCAUGUGGCCUCCCAGCUAAUGUGGAUGAUGGGGACUACGUGUUCUGUGAGGAAUCUGGAAGGCGAGUCGCAGUCUAUUCCUGUCGCCAUGGAUUUGAGUUACAAGGACAGGAGCAAAUCACAUGUACCCUCAGAGGAUGGGACUCUCAGCCCCCCAUGUGCAAAGACAUUAACGAGUGUGACCACAGGCCAGACCCCCCUUGUCACUCAUCAGCUUGGUGCAAGAACACCAAGGGCAGCUUCCAGUGUGUGUGCACGGACCCUUACAUCCUGGGAGAGGAUGGGAAGACCUGUGUAGACUCCAGGAGGCUCCCAAUGGCAUCCCUGGUCUCCAUAGUUCUUGGUGCCCUGCUGGUCUGCAGCCUAGCGGCUCUCACCUGGACGCUGAUCUGCAGAUGGUCUCAUGCUGAUGGGAAAUCCUUACUGCCAAUCAUCAAGAGAAAUGGAAAAAUCCCUUCCCAGUUAGCCCGUGGGAGACACCAGGAAAUGAAUGUUUCCCAGAAGAGCGCUCCUGUGCAGGGCACAGAGCAGUUGGGAGGCUAUGUCCUGCCGGCGGUCACGGGACAGGCAGUGGGGCCCUCACCGAGCACCUCUAGCUGUGAUGAGAAGAACACGGUCACGUUCCCACUCCGCUGUGCAACGGAAGAGCCCGUGUGCGAUGGGCGUGCCGAGCUGGGGGAAAGCGUGCGGAACCUCAGACAGCCUCUGAUGCUUCUUGGGGAGUACUGGCCCGCAACCUUUUCCCUUACCAACCCACCCCUUGCUGGGCUCUGA